CGUGCAAACACUCAACCUAACUCAAAUAUUCGGAUUUGCUUCUAAUAGCCCAGCAUUAGGAAGGGAGUUUGAUAAAAAUAUAAUUGGCAACACUGGUGCCGACGGCGAUGGACGACCCGACACUUGGCUGUCGGCGAAAACCGUACGAACGUCGGGUUAGAUUGGAAACGUCCACAGAGGAUUUGGUUGACUUGAUUUGAGGAUUUAGGAAUUUGUGAAGUGAACAAAUUGUUCUUAUCUCUUGUGCAUAGAUAUGAAAAUCAUUUUGUUAUCUAAAAAUUGUGCUGUUCCUUUAUUUGAGUGUCAAUUGUGAUGCGGAUGUGCUUGGUCUAGACAAUAAUAAAGUGCUGUGCUAAGAAUUGGAAGAUUCGCUGGAACUCCUUUGAUAAAGUGAUUUAUUUGUGGCAAAGUUCGUGUAAAACAUUAAAAUGCAGGCUAUAAAAUGUGUUGUUGUUGGUGAUGGAGCCGUCGGUAAGACAUGUCUUCUCAUCAGUUACACGACAAAUGCCUUCCCAGGAGAGUACAUACCUACAGUAUUCGACAACUACUCAGCGAACGUGAUGGUGGACGGCAAGCCCAUCAACCUGGGGCUAUGGGAUACAGCCGGUCAGGAGGACUACGACCGACUCCGGCCGCUGUCGUACCCACAGACUGACGUUUUCCUCAUAUGCUUCUCCCUGGUCAAUCCUGCUUCAUUCGAGAAUGUUCGGGCUAAGUGGUAUCCGGAGGUGCGGCAUCACUGCCCGUCGACGCCCAUCAUCCUGGUGGGCACCAAGCUCGACCUCCGCGAAGACAAGGACACCAUCGAAAAACUCAAGGACAAGAAGCUUGCACCCAUCACAUACCCACAGGGUCUAGGUAUGGCGAAGGAAAUCACCGCGGUGAAAUACCUAGAGUGCUCCGCUCUAACGCAAAAGGGGCUGAAGACGGUGUUCGACGAAGCGAUCCGCGCCGUGCUGUGUCCGUCGCAGCCCAUCAAGUCCAGGAGUCGGAAGUGUUCCAUCCUGUAAUGAGAGACAGGCCUGUUACAUGAUAGUGUAGCCGUACGUCGAAAAGGUGUAAAACAGCAUAGCUUUUUUAAAUAGAGCAUCUCCAUCAGUCUCCAGGACACAGUGCUGUAAAUGGACUACAACAAAUGCAUACAUAGCUGUUAACUUUUACUGUUAUACGCAUUAUUAAUUGUAACGUGGGUUGGUGUGAGUGAGCUCCGUAAUGUAAUCGCUUUUUGUAUAAUCUGUAACCUGACAGUUGUCUAUGGUGCAUUAUGGUUUUAAGGCGUAAGUGUUUAAUAGUAUACUGCCAUUUUUUAUCGAUUAAUUGUUGCGGUCAUAACUGAUUUGUACGACACUACCGUCUGUGUACAAUGUGAAAAUUAAAUAGAUCUGUGCACUAUAAAUACUUUCCUUCAUCCAAUUAAACUAUGGAUGAAAUUUUAAAAAUUAGUAAUCGAUUUGUAUAAUCGCAUCCAGUGUCGAACAAAUAAGCUAUGAUCAUUAUAAGUGCAAUCAAUAUCACAAAAUAAUUGUAUAAUUUGUAAGGCAACUGUCAGUGAUAAUUUUUAUCCGAGUUAAACUCAUUUGGGUGCUUCCCUUUGUGCGAUCUUUGCUCUUACGAUUAAAGUUACAUUCCUACAUUAUUGCUAAAAACAUUUACGUUCGGUACAAAAUUGUUUUAAUCGAUUUAACAUGAAUAUGGUUUAGAAUGGAAUUGUUGAAAUUUGCGUUACUACAGAGGUUAUAUUUUUCGAUUUAAUUAUUGAUUAUUUUGUUCCCAGUUGUUGUAUUUCAAUGUAGGUGUCGAUAAGUACAGUAUUUGUUAAGAAAGCAGCAAGUCUACGCUUCAUAUUCUUAAAAUUUUAAAGCAAUAGGAGUGAAUGUUAAAUGUGAUUUUCUUCUUCCCUUUUAUGUCGAUGAAUAAACUACAAUGAAAUUUUGUUAGUAAAUCUAAUGAUUUACCUUUAUUAUUUAACAUAUUCAAAUAAUUUCAUCAACCUAUUUUUAUUACAUAUUUUAAAUGUGUCCGCGCGUAUGCAAUUGCCAAUACUUUUAAUACAUAUCGUGGAAGCUAAGCUGUAAUUUAGAAACCCGUCUAUUAAUCGAAUUAGGUUCCAUCUAGCUAUCGAUUGAAAUAUCUACGAGUAAGUCGUCAUCAGUACAGUAACUAUAUAAAAAAAGCCAUGAAACUAAUUUUAUCAUUGGCUAAAAUAUGCACAAAUAUUAUCAACAUUUAAAAUCGCGUGGAGAAUCGAAAUUUCUAUACCUAAAAUAAAGAUUGAAAGAAAAGUUUAGAUUUCUACACAACUGUCACGCUUUGCUUGUAUUCGAUGUCCAUAAUCGGAUCCGGAUUAAUGAAAUCAAUCGAUUAAUGGUUGUUUUAUAUAUCGAUGUACCGAAAUCGCACAAAUUCAGCGUAAUAGCGCAGAUGGAUAUCGUAUUGUUAUCCACUCUGAUUUUAGGAAUACAUACCUACUAUUUUGAAGUAUAGGAACGUUUUAUUUGAGUUUAAAUCCAGCCAAAUGUUAACUUUUCAAAAGGUAUAAGUGGUCUAAGCCAAUCUUUGUAAAUUUUAUCGGCUGCCUAACCUUUUUUUAACAUUUUGUUAGUCGUUUAAAACUUUUGCUUUUUGUACCUAUAAAUUACUUUAACAUUUACUAUGCUUCAAAAACGUAGUGCUAGAUUUACUAGGAGAUGGCAUUUUUCGCUGAAAAUGUGAUAAAAGGGUUUAGGCUUUAAUUGACUGCCUCGCAGGGCCUCGUUUCUAUAAUAUGCUAGCCAAACUAAGGUCAUACAAUUUUUAUUAAAUGGCACUAAGUUAAUUACUGUCUAAAUCCACUCCUAAAAUAAAUGUUAACAUAGGAUGGAAUAGUACACGUAAGUUUGCGUAUAAGGUGUGUGCAAUUGUUACUGCUUGCCUACGAUUGUAAAGCCUGGUUACAUGCUUGCCAAACUUUAUGGCGAGUCGUGUACAUUGCUUAGUUUUGUCUUGUGUCAAAAUAUAGCUCACACAAACUAAGCAAUGUAUAAUGUGGUUUGGUGAGCAUGUCGAUGUAGCUUACCGCGGGAAGACUAAAUGCCAUAGAUAAAUUCUUUUUUAUCUGUAGAAUUUUUAAAUCGUCUUUUUCAUCUCUGACUCCUUAUGAUCGCUGACAUGAUAGUGUCCCACAUUGUUAAAAUAGAUAUUCAAAUUUUGAUAUGGAUUAUAUUUAAUGUGUAUGUAGGCAUAUUUUAUAUGAUAAAUUGCCAAACAAAUGAUGCAUUCAGAAUCUGUUAUAAAUUACACAAAACUCGUAAUUGAAUGUUUUUUUUUUGACCAUGUGGGAAUCUGCAUUUUAAAAGACUAUCCUUAAAAAGAGCAUUCUUAAAUGGUGUUACUUUUAUCUCUGUCUCAAUUUAUAGGACAAGUAUGAGCGAGAUGCACAUAGGCAACACCAUUUACGAACGCCAUACUUCUUUAUUGAGUAAUAUGAAUUAUUAAGCACCAACAAUUGCACAAAACAAUAGUUGUAAGAUUUUAACGUAUGUAUUGUUCAGAUGCAAAUAUAUUUAGAAGAAUCAGCAUGUAAAUAACGGUAAUUUAGUAUUAACGAAAAUAUAACUAACGCCAUUUUAUUUGGUGUGCAUUUUAUAUGAAUUCAUGUAAGGGAGCUUCUGUCGCAUUUCGGGAUACGUUGAGACGGAUUUGUUAGUGUUAAAUUAAUAAAAUUAAUAUCCCUUUUAUUUUGACGGAUUGUUUUUUUUUUUAAUCGUAUUGUGUAAGUACCUGUAACGAUGUAUUUAUGUCGGCUUGCUUGCUCACGCGUUAACUGGAAUAUUUUCGUAUAAUACCUAGUAUAAGGUAUAUGGAUAAUGGCCCUUAUAUGGAUCACCUCAAGGAAGAGUUAGAACUAUUCAGCUGUUUAGUAUUAUCACAGUACAUCAAGUGAAAAGGCGCUAUCGAUAACCCGGUAUAAACUACGAUUUGCCUGCCAACAAUCAAUUCUGAAUCAAUGUUAUUUAGCAAAUUGACGAUCUGAGUGAUCUUUAUCUUAGUUUAAUUAUACUUUUAGCUUUGAAAUGAUUAGCGAAUAUUUUUAAUAUUAUCGAAUUAGUUCAAAUUUAAUGAAAUAUAAGUAACAUUAUCCAAACUACAAUAGCCAUUGUCAUAAGAUAUCGAAGUACAGUCAGCCGCACCUUAAGUUACACUUAAUGGAUCUCUAUGCGGCGGUCACAGCGAUGAAUUUGGUUAUGUUCUGUGGACUAUACUGAAACAAUAAUCCAUUACGUUAGCGCGUGAGAAACUGUGUCCUUUGUAAUCAUAAUCAUUUAUGUAUGACUCAUUAUUACUUGGUGUUAGCUGUACGAACGUUAUGACGCUAUUGUGUCAAUGCCACCAUCAACAUAGUUAACUUUUAUUGGCUACGUCGCAAAAUGUUGCUAUCGCAUAAUAUUCUCCAAUCAAAAAUUGUCCUUUACACAAAUUGUCCUUCUGGAGAAGAUCCGCACAAUUUCCAUUUUGAAAAUCGAAAAAACUAAGUUGCAUUUUUGCGAAAAGGACAUUUUGAGAAAGAUUUCGACCAGGGAACAGUUUAUGAAUGGGAUUGUUUGCGAAGUAGCCCUUUUAUUAUAUGAGAAAUUAAAGCUUAAUUGGUCACAGUAUUUAAUAUAAGUAUUCAAAAGACUAAUACUUACUAGUGUCGAAAUAUAAACACGUGUAUUUUAUUUGGACACAGAGAAGAGAAUACAUUUUUUAUAACACACAUGGCCACAGUCUAUUGCAUGCCUAUGAUGGUUCUUACGGAUCAAGACAAGUGUUCUAGAAAUAUCUAAUGAAUUUAUUACUGCAGUCCGAAAGAAGAGACUUGCAUGAGGGCGAAGUACGGAUUUACUCACUUCACACUAUCGAGUCGAUUCGAAGUGACACGUAGCGAACCAAUCACAUUGCGGUGUGAUUGUCGUUGAGCCCUUCACACUAUCGAGUCGAUGCGAAGUGACACGUGCGAACCAAUCACAUUGCGUUUUGAUUGUCGUUGAGCCACAAUGACGCACUGUGAUUGGUUGUCUGCGUCUCACUGCGACUCGACUCGAUGGUGAGAUAUAAAUAGCAAAGUCGCAUUACGCACACUAUGUAUGGUUUACUUCGUAGUAAAUGAUUUUAAAUAUGUAACAUGUACUGUCAGGUUUCUACUUUCGUGGCGCGGAUUGUACCAUACAUUGCCAUUUCUAAUCGGUCCAGUAAUUUUUGUAACAUUGUAAUGUCCCAUUGUAAAGUCAUGCUUCAUUCAAAUACGCUUGUAUAAUAUUAUUUUUAUACAAAAACCUUCGGAUAAGCUGUGUGUCGUAAGUGAACACGAGUAAGUAUAACGCUCGGCAAUUCUUCCAAAUAUUGUAAAGCCUCUGAAUAAUUCAAAAUAUAUUUAUAUUAACUGUUCAAA